CGUGGCAAUGCUGAGAAACGCGCAAAAGCAAAAUGUGCUAACGCGUAGAGGUCUAUUUUGUACGCGAAACAGUAAAAAAGAGAAAAGAAAUAUUUGUACUAUUUUUCUAACGUUUAUACCCUUUUUAUAAAUGAAUACCAGCCACUGAUAAUGCGCUGAGGGCCCGUUUUUAAAACAGCAACAGCGAAGAGUGGAUGGGAUCGAUUGCCAAACCCCAACCGAUUCGAAUGCGGAAAAUGAUGUAAAACGGGGGAAAUCGGAUCGGAAAUCUAAACCUGAAAGGCCCCUCAGCACAGCCACAAAAUGGAAAGGCACUAGCAAGCCCAAGAUGAGCAUGUCGUGGCAUUUUUGAGCAUCAUCGAUCUUUGUUUGUUUGCCAGCUUUCGGUUCGAGUUCUCCAAGUUCACAGUCACUAGAGUCGCCCAGCUCCCGGUCCAGAUCCAGACCCCGGCCCAGGCCCGACACCUUAACCCAAGCCCGCUCCCAGCCCCAAUCCCAGCGAGCAGCCCAUGAUGCAUAUCAAGAGUCUGCCCCACGCCCAUGCCGCUGCCACGGCGAUGAGCAGCAACUGUGACAUCGUCAUCGUGGCCUCCCAGCCGCAGACGACUAUAGCGAAUAACAACAACAACGAUACGGUCACCCAGGCCACGCAUCCCAGCCAUUUAGCUGCGGCCCAGCAGCAGCAACAGCAGCAGCAUCACCAGCAGCAGCAGCAGCAGCAACAACCAAGUGGACCUCCGUCCGCACCGCCGCCGCCCACGGAGCUGCCUCUGCCCUUCCAAAUGCACCUAACCGGGAUCUCGGCGGAGGCGCACAGCGCCGCCCAAGCAGCAGCCAUGGCAGCCGCCCAAGCCGCAGCGGCACAGGCAGCGGCGGCCGAGCAGCAGCAGGCUCCACCGCCGCCCCCGCACCUGGCGCACCUUCACAGUCCGACGAUCCCCAGCGAUCACUAUUUGUCAAGCAAUGGGCAUGGCGAACAUCCAGGGGAGGCGGCUCCGGGGAGCAAUGGAAGUGCAGGGGGUGGCGGCGGUGCUCGGGAGCACGAGAAGCCCUUCCACUGCACCGUGUGCGAUCGCCGAUUUCGGCAGCUGAGCACUCUGACCAAUCACGUGAAGAUCCACACCGGCGAGAAGCCCUACAAGUGCAACGUUUGUGAUAAGACCUUCCGUCAAUCGUCGACUCUGACGAACCAUCUGAAGAUCCACACGGGCGAGAAGCCCUACAACUGCAACUACUGUCCCAAGCAUUUCCGUCAGCUGAGCACCCUGGCCAAUCACGUCAAGAUCCACACGGGUGAGAAGCCCUUCGAGUGCGUGAUCUGCAAGAAGCAGUUCCGCCAGUCCAGCACGCUCAACAAUCACAUAAAGAUUCACGUCAUGGACAAGGUCUACGUUCCUGUCAAGAUCAAAACGGAAGAGGAGGAGGGGUGACUAGGACGCAUGGCGUUGGCGGCACACCACCAUCAGCAGCAUCAGCACCAGCCGCAGCAGCAGCCGAGUCUCCACCCACAGCCGCCGCAGCAGCACCAGCCGCAACACCACCAGCAGCCUCCGCCUCCGUCCCAACAGCUCUCUCAGAUCGAGGAGCACCAGCAGCGAGGAGUGACCAUCACCACGCUGCACCACCAGCAUGGAAGCAGCACCGGCUCGCCGCACCAUCACUUCAAUCUGGGGGAUCUGUCCAGCGCCAUGCAGCUCGGAGCUGUGACGGCGGACGGCAACUUUGUCACCAUGGGCGGUGUGGUGGUGGGACGGAUCCAGCACUCGCGGGAGGAGCUGCAGCAGCUGGGCGUGAUCAAGGUCGAAUCGCCAUCGAAUGGUGCGACAGCCACAGCGCAGCGCGAGGGAUGAGUCGAUGAGCUGCUCCUCGAAAUGCUCAAGGAGGAGAACGUAGCAGAGGAGGAGGAGGAUGAGUUAGAGUUAGAGGAGGAUCCAGAGCAUUCAGAAGAGCAGCGAUGAGUCGUGUUUGGUGUGUACGCUUACGUUGUUGUUAGUUGUUUAAUUGUAGCGAACAUUGUUGUUGUUGUUAAGGUUUAAAUGUGUGACUAAGAACUUACCAAGAUGAAUGUAUAGCAAACGCUUCAAAAGUAGCUAACCGAGAGCCUGGAGAGAGCCACCACCACCACCACUACCAGCAGCCCGAGAGCUCACAGAAAACCGAACCGAGAACCUAGAACCUAGAACCCCAACCACAAGUUGCACCCAAGAACCACACUCUCAGCCCCCAGCAAUAGAUUAACUUCAACACUACUCACCUAAAUAAACCAUAGACGUUAACUAGGAGCCACUAGCAUGGGAACUAAACUGCUAAUGAGAAAAACCGAAAAUAAGAACCGAUAGUAAGCAAAAAGUCAUUGCGUGUAAGUUGAGGAAUGUGCAAGAAAGCAGAACUGCAACCGUUUACAAUUUUAAAUUUGUUGACCCCCUUUUUCAGAUUGUUUAAACUUAAACUAGCAUUUAAAUUUAAGAGAAAUUGUUGUACACACUUGACUUAGUCAAUUUUGCCGAUUGUUUUAGCCCCGCAUCCCGUGAAACGAUUUACUGAGGGCGUGUUUCUGGUAUGGGUUUUACACAAAUUCAAUUUGUUUUUAAACGAAAAUAUAUAAAUUCCUAGCCUAAUUAUUUAAUUUUAUAUAGAAAUUAUUGAAGAGAAAACUCUACCCUAAAUGAACAGAGAAUGGCAAGCAAAUAAAAUUCUAAUAGUCUUAAGAGGUCGAAACUAUAUAAUUUUUUAACCCGUAACCUAGAGAGCCAUAGUUUGUAAAGCAGCGUUUUUUUAAUUUUAAUUGAUUAGUCUUAGUAGUUUUAAUUUCGGCAUUGGCAUACUUUGGAAACACAAAAGCUGUCAACGGCUAGCCUUCGUCUAAAUAUUAGUUAAUGAAGUAACACAAACUAAUGCUAAUUACGAUAAUACGAUAGGUAAAAGUUCUGUACAAAGCCCAACUCCAAUUUGUAUGUAUAAAGCUAGAGCGGCGGAGGUAGCGGAGGAGUUAAACUAAAUUUGUAAAGCAAACCCUUUUCGAAAGAAAAUGAUAUUUUCUAAAAAUAUAA